CCCCGGCCAGCGUGGGGCGGGACUUCCGGGGCGGGCCGCCGUGUCACCCGGUGCGGAAGGGCGCCAGGCCCGGCCCGGCCCCAGCGGAAACAAAAGCGGGCGGCGGCGCGGCGGGCCCGGCAUGGCGGCGGCGCGGCGGGCUCGGCUCCCGGCCCAGCUCCUCCUGCUCUUCGUGGCGCAGGUUUACUGCGAGUAUGGGAUGGUACAUGUCCUUUCAGAGAAGGGAAGCAGCAAAGGAAAAGACUACUGUAUCCUCUUCAACUCUCAGUGGGCCCACUUGCCACACGAUCUGGGUAAAGCUUCCCUCUUGCAACUGCAGGAUCAGACAGCAUCUGUUUUGUGUUCUCCUUCUGAUGUACCUGAUGGAGGAUUUAAUAAUCGAAUCCCCAUGGUGAUGCGAGGGAAUUGCACCUUCUAUGAGAAAGUGAGGCUUGCUCAGAUAAAUGGAGCUCGUGGCCUGCUGAUUGUUAGUAGAGAGAGACUGGUUCCUCCUGGGGGUAACAGGAGUCAAUAUGAAGAGAUUGAUAUUCCUGUGGCUCUGCUCAGCUACACUGAUAUGUUAGAUAUUGGCAAGAGUUUCGGCAGGUCGGUGAAGGGAGCAUUGUAUGCACCAAAUGAGCCUGUGUUAGACUACAACAUGGUGAUUAUAUUUGUCAUGGCCGUGGGGACUGUUGCAAUUGGAGGCUACUGGGCAGGAAGCAGAGAUGUGAAAAAACGAUACAUGAAGCACAAACGUGAUGAUGGGGCAGAGAAACACGAUGAUGAAACUGUUGAUGUGACUCCAAUAAUGAUCUGUGUAUUUGUAGUGAUGUGCUGCUCAAUGCUGGUCCUCCUUUAUUUCUUCUAUGACCACUUAGUCUAUGUUAUCAUAGGUAUAUUCUGCCUGGCUGCCUCAAUUGGUCUUUACAGUUGUCUGUCCCCCUUUGUAAGAAGAUUCCCAUUGGGAAAAUGCAGAAUCCCAGACAACAACUUGCCUUAUUUUCACAAGCGUCCACAGGUCCGGAUGCUGCUAUUGGCAGUAUUUUGUAUCUCUGUCAGCGUAGUCUGGGGAAUCUUCAGGAACGAAGAUCAGUGGGCCUGGAUUCUACAAGAUGCUUUAGGAAUUGCUUUCUGUCUUUACAUGUUGAAAACAAUUCGCCUGCCUACGUUUAAGGGUUGUACCUUGCUCCUCCUGGUUCUUUUUGUGUACGAUGUGUUUUUUGUAUUUAUCACACCUUUUCUAACAAAGACUGGGGAGAGUAUAAUGGUGGAGGUGGCUGCAGGCCCGUCUGAUUCUGCCACUCAUGAAAAGCUCCCGAUGGUCCUGAAGGUUCCAAGACUGAACUCCUCACCCUUGGCUCUUUGUGAUAGGCCUUUUUCUCUCCUAGGAUUUGGAGACAUUUUAGUUCCAGGCUUACUGGUGGCCUAUUGCCAUAGAUUUGAUAUUCAGGUGCAGUCCUCCAGAGUCUAUUUUGUAGCCUGCACAAUAGCCUAUGGCAUAGGUCUUCUUGUGACCUUCGUAGCCUUGGCAUUGAUGCAGAUGGGUCAGCCAGCUCUCCUCUACUUGGUGCCCUGUACGCUUAUCACAAGCUUUGCUGUGGCUCUUUGGAGAAAGGAGCUUGCAAUGUUCUGGACGGGCAGCGGCUUUGCGAAAGACCUACCUCAGCCUCCCUUGGUGAUAGCUCCUGUCAGCUGCCACGAGCUUCCCAAAGACGCCAACGUACCAGCCUCUCAACAAGACACAGAGCAAAUGACUAAUCCUACCCUCCACGUGGAGGAGCUGCACGACCCCACCUUGGCUGCGGAGGAGCUGGCCGAUACCACCACAAAGACAGAGCAGCCAGAAACUUCUGUCUCACGGAGUGAGGAACCAGCCAGUCAGAACAAGGACGACUUUGAAAGCAAAAGCCUAAACCCAGAGCAAAACCAGCUGGAAUAAAUGAUGUGAUAGGAACCCCCUUUUCCCCUCACGGACAUAUCCACAUAAAACCAGUGUGUAUUUAGACUGGUUUAGUAGUGUUCACAUUCAUUGAAAAACCUCACUGGGAGUGAUCAUCAAAUCCAACCAAGAAUGUUCUGCCUCCAGCUUCGGUACAGCUAUACACUCCAAACAUCUUUCUAAAAUAUGGUGCUCUACAAGGGUUCUGAUGUAUGAAUUUUGGUGAUCAUUUUAUUAGUGGAUGCCUUCUACUGUUCCAGUGUAAUGAUACUGGGGUAGUAUUAAGAGUUUUUAUUUACAGUACUCUGUGCUUGUGUAGCUCUUGUGCUGCUUUAGCAUAGUGUAGGUGAACAUGGAGGGAAAAGCAUUGAAUGAGUCUGCUACAAUGCUAAGUUGAGAGAAACAUGAUACAUUUUUAGCACUUUCCCUAUCGUUGCGUUUUACUUUUCCCUACUUAUCAAAGCCAUUGAUGCAAGGGAAUGCUUUAGUAUUAACUGACAUUCAGGCAAUGCAGAGAGCUGGUUACAUUACCAGCCUCUGAGAGGACUUAUAUUACCAUGGUGCAUUAAAUGCAUCUCUUAAUGUUUUUUUUGUCUUUGUUUUUACUUCCAGGUACCUGGGUUGGCUACUAGUCUAGUUUAAAAGGCAGGAUGAAUGGACCUACAGGAAGCGCUGUAAGCACUUGUAUGAACUCUAGGGGCUGUCUCUGGAAAAAAAAAUACAGUGUUUAUUGCAAAACACAGCAUAGUGGAAUAAGUUUAUUUUGAAUGUUUGAUGUUUAAAAAAAGAAAAAGAAAUCCAAACAGAUAAGAAAGCAAGUGGUAGCACUAUACUCAGCUUAAUAGGCAGUAUUUUCCCUGGGCAAACUUUAAAGUAAAAUGAAAAAUGUUUGUGGGGUUUGGGAGUUUUUUUUAGCUUCUAUUUAUUCUUCUUUUAAGUAAUAUAGGUGUGAUUUCUAAUUCUGAAGAAAAUAGUCUGGUGUCAUCAUUCUCCAGGGAGCAUGUAUGGUGCUAUAGUCAGUUGUGAUUUAGAGUUACUUGCCACUCAGUAACUAAUAAGCUGCCUCAAAUCAUGUUUUGUCUUUGUCCCAAAAGUAGCCACAGUGAGGCCUGUCAGGUUCUGGAAAGAGGCUGUGAUCUAGCCUGUUAUUUUGUACCUUUUGCUACAUGACAUUAUGAAGGACUAAAUCUGUAUACUUUUUAAACUCUUUCAGGUGCAGCUGUUGUACUUUAUGUACCAGAAAAUGUACAAUUUUUUUUGUAUGGCAUGAUUUUUUUAUGCAUCAACUUUGCUACACAUAGAGGGAUAAUGAGAUUUGCAUAUCACUUAUUCCAUUUAAGAAUUUAGAACACUUGGCGUUAUCAAAGAUGUCAGUAUCGUGUGCUUACACUGCAUUCCCUUUAAAAAAAAAAAAAAAAAAAAAAAAACUUUGAAUCUGAAAUGGUCAUAGAAAUAUUCUAGGAUCCUAGAAUAUGAUUCCAAACGCCAUGCAAGAAAUACUCUUUCUAUGUAUUCUGAGGGCCCAAAAUGUGAUUUUUACAAAUGUAUCACUUUAGUGUCAUGAUCUGAAGCAGUGAUUUUAAGUUAAGCUCUAGUUGGCAUGUUGAGUUGAAUCCUGGAAGGUUCUCCUUUAAUGUCUGUAUGUUAAACUUAUGUCGCUGUCUUUUGCUAGGCCUUCCAAAAGUUGUGCUGUAUUUUCUUGGAUGAUAACUUUUCACUUUCUCUUCUGUUUCAUGUUGGGUGGACAGCAUUCUUUCUCUAGAAUGUCUAAGGCUUUCUGUAAAACCACACUAUGGAUUCAGAAUUUUACCAGCUUCUGCUUAAAGCUUUGAGCCCUCUCUGAUAAGUUGAUUUAAUGGUGAGUUUCUUGAAAGGCUUCCCGAGUCCGAAGGCCUGCGGUGCAUUUAAUUGAUAAAUGAACCGAAUGGAUCAUGGUGAAUGGCAGUAGAGAGAGGUCCGUUUUUCAGUCUGCUCUUUAAUGGACUACGUUACUUCUGCCGGGGGUAACAUGAAUCAGUUAAUGCAAAGCAACAGAGACAUUUUAUUCAAAACUUCAGCCAGCUGGAUUAUGCCUUAAUUUAAGCCACUGUAUAAGUAUGUAUACUAAACAUCUAUUUAAAAUAAGAAAAUAAACCUAUGUUUAAAUGAUGAACUUGACAAAUAGCAGGAAAAAACAUUUGGAGACUGACUCAAAGUUUUAUGGGUUUUUUUGUCUUGACUGUCUUUCAGUCAUAGUGCUAUUGGGAAUAGGUUUUUUUAAUAUACUUAAAAGCCAGUAGUUUCUUUUUGAUGAUUGUGAAGUACUAAGUUUUGUCAUCAUCUUGAAAUAUGCAUUUUAACACUUGUUCUCAUCUGAUGUAAUGUGUAUCAGGAAACAGUUUAUUUCUCAAGUUGUUUAUAAUUAAAAUGGAAGAAUUCAAAACACUGAUUAACUUGCAAGCAUUUAGCAGUCACUUUGCUCACAUUGUAUUUUAGAUUGGUGUGCUUGGAGCAUAAGCUUUACCUUAUGUUUCUGAGUUUUCCAUCUAUUUUUUUAAGUGUGAUUUUCACCAACUACAAAGAUCAAUGUGGAAAAAGCAAUGGCUACUUAGUAUGCUAGUGCAAUACCUCCAGUUGAAGUAUGUGAACUGAGUUAUAUACUUUGACUAUUCCAGUACUGUACAAAUCAGGUGACCCUAGUGCACCCAUUUGGCUGCGACUGUUUGGACCCUGAUCCUGCUCAGUUCAAUCACUUCCAUCAAAAAACAAGGCUGUGCUUUUUUGUUUUUCAGAAACCUCCCUGAUCAGCUUAAUGUAAAACCUAAUGUUGUGUAGGAAAAGAUGAAGAGAUGCAGUUGAUCAUAAUUUUAUUUGGUGAUUGCAGACAUGUGUCCCACACCAAACUCACUUUAAAAGAAGUCUUUGAACGUUGAUGCGCUUCUUGUUUACAUCUUUCAUAUACUAAGUCUUUAGCUGACAAUCUAAAGAUUCAAGAAUAAAGAAUCUACUUCUGAAAACUUGUAUGUGUUCAAGUAAAGCACUUGUAGUCCAAAAGGGGAAAAAAAAAUGCUUUCUUUGGGCUAUCACAGUAGUAAUGGUCAGAUUCUUUCCUGGUUCUGGAAUUGCAAAAUUGCAGUCAGUGUGUCAGCUCAAGUUGUUGGUUCUGACUGUGCUCUUGAAGGGUCGCACACAUACAGCUGAAGGUAGAAUGUAAACUGGAAGACUUUGACUAAUGGUGACAAGUAAGAGAGUAGUACUCUAAAUCCUCUUCUACUUUGUGGGAUUCUUUUUUUUUUUCUAGUCACAAAUGAAGAGCAUUUUAAACAAAAUACUUGGGGCGGGGGGGGAGAAUAUAUCCUGCUUUUAUUAAUGGCAGUAAAAAAGAGCAUAUCCACAUAUGUAAGAAUUAAACUUGUGAAAAUACUUUGUUACAUCUAAACUUAGAUUCCAAAAGACACAGAAAAUAUGCAGCACGGUAUCCUUUCCAAAAGAAUUGUCCACAUAUCUAACAGAAAUCUUCAUUUAGAUUACUGUUGGUUUAAUUUUUUUUUUUUUUCAACUCUUAUAUAAACCAUACCUAAUCUCUUGGAUUUUUUUAGCUGAUGCCUUGAUCUCAGAUGAUCAUUCCAGACUUUCUUUCAGAAGCUCUUCUCUUCUUACAGUAGCCCUCAGUCUGUCUGUCCUCUCUUUUGCCUCGUGGUUGAGUAGUGGAUGUAUUUUUUCUUGCACUACACUGAAUGUUUAGGAUGUAAGGCCCAAUAAUAUCUCUUUAAUGAAAGCUUUAAUGUUUAUUAGUAAACAAAGUGGAACAUUUUGUUUAUGCUUGCAUCAUUUGCAAUGUUAUUUUUAGUAUAUUCCUGUGUAAAUAAGCUGGCAGCAGUAAUAUGCAGCUAUUGCAUAUUGACGUACUGAUACCUUACAAAUCACAUUGGCACAAGAGUUUCAGAUAUAGACGUUCCUGCAGAUCCAAGCUUUUGUACAAAGGUAGUGCCUUUUUCCAUGACCAGUAUAAUCCCAGAUGUUUUAAAAUCUGUGUAAGGGCUACACAUCCAGAAAAAUGGGGACAUUCUUAAAGUCUGGCAGAGAACAAAGUAUGAUCAGAGGUCUAGAAAACAGCAGCUGAAAGAAAAGAUUAAGCUUUUAGGUAUUUAAUCUAGAGCAUGGUUUUCCAGCUGGCCAACAUGAAAUGAAGCACAGAGUCAUGCUAACAAAUUCUUAGGCUUUUUUUGUUUAGGCUCUAUGCCAACGCUGCUAAGAAGCAUGGAGAGGGAGAGGAUAAGAAAAAAAGUGAAGGUGACUCAGAGGAAGAGUGAGGAGACACCAACAUGGUGAACAAGAAUGGCGGCAGAAGAGCUUGCUCCAGAUAGGUCUAAAACCACUAGUCCAAGGAGAAAACUUAGAGGGAUGCAAGACAAACAUCCUAAAAUUUGAAAAACUACUGCAAAUUGGAAGAAAAAAAGUUUUCUUUUCUAUUAGGGAUGGCAUUAGAAUUAAUAGACUUAAAUUACAGCAAGGGAAUUUUAGGGCUGAUGGUGGGAAAGUCUCUGUAAGAAUGGCUAACCACUGGAGUAGAUUGCCUAGGAAGCGAUGAAACUUCCAUCAGGGAAUGUUUUAAAAAACAGCUAAGAGAGUUAUUUCUCAGGAUAGUGUUCUUAUUCCUGCCCCGCAGCAGAGGCUGUAGAUGUACUCUGAGGUUCUGUCUGUUCUAGCUUACCAAGUCAGGACAAGGGCACAUGCUCAAGCACUGGCCCAUGAUCAUCUGUAGUGUUUAACUGUUAAAAAUGGUCCACAGAGUAACUCUAGUACAGGCCAGAUAGCACUAUGCCUGGACAUGCAGAUAGUAUGGGGCAGGCCUAUUUCCAGUGCACGAUGUCACUGAGAUCAUCCUGUUCUGAGAGCAAAGGAUUUAACCAUAUGGACAUGAACCAUGCUAUGCCACUUGCAUCAGGUGGCAGAGAACAAGCCCUGGCCUGCUUUUCCUGUACAGAUGUAGCCUAAGGGUCAAGCUUGCUAUGAGUCAAUGCCAUCAUAGCCUGAACUUUUCCUUGCAGCAGUCAGUUUGUAUCUUAUGAGUGCUUUAAUGGAGUUAUGCAAGGCAGCAUUUAAGAAAACAGCGUGGUUAACAAUUCAGAUCUUGUGUUACAAAGACCUUUCUCUGCUAAUGUAAAGAUAACGGUAAAUCCUCUAGAAAGAAACCACAUCAAAGCACAUGUUGAUUAGACCUGGUGCUCUUUUUACUGUGAUAAUAUUUUUUUAAUGUGUCUUUGAUUGCAUUGGAUGUUUCUAGCACCCUGCAAGGUUUUCAGAACUGGAUGGCCUUGUGAACUACCAGAGGCUUCCUUUGGCACUGGAACAAGAGAAUUGUCUCUUCACUGAUCCUCUAUAGCUUAUGCAUUCAUAACUUACAUUAUUCUGGGAUGAUCUUUCAUCUUUGCAUUUUCUUUCUCUGGUAUUUCAAGCAAAUGUUCAGAUUAAGGGGAGGGAGGAUGAGUUUCUGCCAUCUGUAUAUUAGUAGCAGUUAACAAUAGGUCUCAUGUUUAUGAUAUAGUAAUCAUUUAUAUCCAUAAUGAAAUUCUUGAGAGCACCGUAUUCUGUAGAGCAUGCAGGAAUGAUCAUAGGUGUGGUCAGCACUGAUCUACCACUCUGAGCACUAUAAAAAUUAUGUAGCCAUGGAUUGGUCCAGGGAAGGGUUUGAUGAUAAACAAUGCCCGUAAAUUUUAUUUCCUCAAAUCAGGAACUAGUACCUCUUGUACAGAGUCAUCUAUUAUUUCAGGAAUUAGUAGAAGACUUGGCUUGGUGUAAUGCAGUAACUCAGGAGGUCCCUCUCAGUCCUGUUUUCCCAGCAGCUCUUGGGAAUAGUGCUGUUCUUGGUCCAACAGGACCCAAGGAUACCAAGUGCAUGUGCUGCUUGGGAUGAUUUGGAGCUAUGUUUCCCAGCUGAAGACAGCAAUACAAUUUAUCACAUUUAUCAUGAUAUCGUUCUGCAUAUUAGCAUUUCCCCUCUUUGCCAAGUUUAGCUCCAUGCAGCAAAACUUCAUCCAGUUUUUAGUUUCAGGCUCUUGGAAAGCUUUGAGAUGAUUUGUAGGCUAGAAAAUCUUGAUUGAUACCUAUUUUCUGCUGACACACUCAUGCUCUGUGUUGUGACUUUGGGUGUUUAAUGUAAAAAUAUAUUGGUUAGAUGAAAAUACGAAGAGAUGUGGUAAAUGAGCUAAUCAUAGCUUCUUAGACAAUUAAUGAUUGGAGCUGGUACAGUGCCCUGCACUGCCAGAUGAAUAGCACCUAAUAGUCAAAUAUUGCUGAAAGACUUCAGUACUGUAAGAGGAGGUGCUUGUCGGGAACAGCAGUGCCCUACCUGUGCAGUCAGUUUGUUGGUGCUUCUGGAAGACUAGCUCUUCAGCACUGUUGAUUAUACACAAGAGUCAUAACUGAGAUGGUUUCCAUACAAUAAUCCUUUUCUUAAUCAGAAAUUUGUAAAGGAUAAAAAUACCCCUUUUCAUCUUAAAGGUGUAGCUGUAGCCCAGAAAAUGCUAUAAAGUGGCCACUUCUCCAUUGUGAAAUCAAGCUUUAAAUAGCUUCUAUGCUAAGAAGAUGAUGUGACAGGAACACAAUCCUUGACAUGUGUUUUCUACAGCAAGAAACCAGUAGAUUUUUUCUGGUUCUGCUCUGACUGAAGUUGGUCCAGUUAAUGUUCAACAAAAAUUUCAUAACAGUGGUUCAGGUUUAGUUUGAAGAAAGAAAGAUAAUGGUUGAGAUCAUUCUGUUUUGGGUCAGACUCUUCUCUGUAGCUGAUAGGGAAUGCUUUAAAAAAAAAAAAAAAGUCACAGAUAUGGCCACUAACUAACUUGUGAGCAAGCCUGUGGGGGGAGAUAGUUUCCCCCCUCCCCACCCCUUUCCCUUCUCCCAAACUGCCAGGUCAUGGUUGUCUGCACGUGCUGGUGCACAUCUCCUUGUCACUUGUCCUCUCUGGCAGGCUUUUAAUUCUCAAACUUCCGUAGAUCCAGCUCAAGCUUUGGGAGAGCAAAAGUCUCUUCUUCAUAAUGUGUUCUGGUGUUAUCUGUUUCAUAGUGCACUCCCAGAGCUACCUGCCAAGCCCACCGACACUGAAAAGAGUGCAGGUGGGUAUCGGUCAGCAUUGCCCAGCCUGACGGCUCGAUCGCAUUGCAUUCGUUACGUGGGGGAGCUGCAUUUCAACACUUCAGAUGAAUCUUUUUGAUCCUAGAAGUCAUACUUUGUAUAAGCUCCACUACUUUCAGUCUGGCCACAUAUGAAAGCAAGAACACUUUUAAAGAAAAAUACACAUGGUCAGCUUGUUAUUUUUAACCAUGUUCCUUCAGAUUCUUCAUCCAGUCGGAUGCUGGAGGAACUGGGGACCUAGUAACGUUUUUUCAAAGAGGACUAGCACGUUGCUCAGUGUUAGUGCUAGUUAACUAAAAGUAAACUAAUGCUGCUUUGUAUGUGGAUCAGACGGGAGCUUGUAGGCUAAAAUUUAGAGUAAUAUCAAGAGGAUUUAUGAGAUGACAAGGAGAUACGUAUUUGUUUAAUGCUUAUAUCUUGGAUGCUUGAUAGUAGCUGCUUUUAGGGAGAUGACUUAUUCCUGGGAGGUAGCCUAAUCCUUUAUAAGUAGAAUUGUUUUAAAUGUCUGAUGUCUUUGUGGAAGGACUUUGUAGUAAUGUUCAAGUAAUAGUAUAUAAGCUAGUGUUAUGAAGACUGCAAACUCUAAAGGUUAAUUUUAGUGCUCAGGAAUGCAUACAUCUAACUGCAUAUGUAUUCGUGAGAAAUAAAACCUUUAAACUCUUGUUUUAUACUGUGUUGAGAAGUUUUGUUAUAAUCCAAAAGCAGUGGUACUUUUUUUUUUUUUUUUUGCUAUUUUAAAUCCUGCUAUGCAGUUUGGCCCCUUAAUUUAAAAAAUAAAAAGAAGAAGAAGAAGAAGAAGAAGGAGCUAAGAGGGUUGGCCAGCAUGGGAAGACCGUGGCAUUAAAAACUCUGUUCAAGUAUUUUUCCUGCACAUUAAGUGCUACCGCCACAUGUACUGAAACUGUGGAAAUGCAGUGCAGGUGAGACCUAAAGAACCAUGAAUUUCACUUCUCUCAAAGAUACAGUCAUCAAUAGGUGCAUUUUGCUGUAGGUGUUAAGUAUGCUGAUAAAAUGAAUAUCCUUCAGAAUUUUAUCUUGCGUUAUCUCAUAUACCUUGUCAUUAAUCAGUUAAUCGCACAUGCUGUGCAUUUUAGUUUCACAGUUUUAAUUCACUGAAUUAAUUGCUGAAUUUUAGACAGCUUUAUGUGAAUAAGGUAAUUCUCUCCCUACUCAAGUGCAGACUGUAGAAGGUGCAAUAUUUGCUAGAUGAAUUCCAAAAUUGGUGCAUGGUAUCUACAAGGAUAGAUAAAUGAGUCUAAUUUUGUGAGUGGUAUCUAUGAUACAAGUAAGGUGGUUGUUUGUUUGCAAAUUGUAAUAAAGAACUAAACAUUUCAUGUUACUUAUCUUUCUAUGCUGACAAUAGCAUAGAGCUGCUGCAAAGACCAAGGGAAAGAAGUGUCUUUUCCAAUUAGUAAAAGCCACUUCUGGUUUAUAGUUCCAAAACUUUAGGUCUUAACUGUAAUACUUGCCUCAGAUCUUCAGUCUGGGUGUUUUUUUCUACCAUGUGUCUAUGUAUCUCUUCAUGAUUUUGAAAUCAGCCACUCCUUCUGGCUGAAUUACAGCCUUGUAUCUAAUUGCACAUUGUAUCAGAAUACAUAUUCUUAUAUAUGUAAAUGCAUUGUAGUACAUAGCAUUUCCAGGGAUCAAAUGUAGCUUUGUUUCUUCCUUCCAUGAUGUAACACGGGACAAAUUCAAUGUCAAAAUAAUCAGUGGGGAAAAGGAAUGUUAGGACAACAGGUGAGAACUACCCCAAGCGUUUUUGCAGAGUGAAUUUUUUGUUUUCUGUGAAAAGAUACAGUGAAAGAAAACGAACUUGAAAAUGACUUGAUUGUGUGCUGGUCCAACUGAAAUUGCAGUGUUUUUUUCUGUUUUGCUUUUAAAGAACAAUGCACUUUACUUUUCUUUAGCCUGCUUCCAUUUACAAAUGUAAACAUUUUCUAAAACUGUAAAAUAAAGAUACUUAAUUUUUGAACUGAA